AUGGUCAACGUUAGUCAGGAAUCCGGUGCAUUCUUUCAAACAGAUGCUGAAAUUGCAAAGCAAAAAGAAAAGCAGCUUAAAUACAAUUACACAGCAGGUGAUGCCAUCAAGUUGGGAUCCAAAGCACUCGACAUUAAAUUAAGCCAAGAUGAAAAAUUCAUCUAUGUUGCUGAAUCGGGCUUCUUUGUUCGCAAGGUCCAAUUAUCUACAUCAAAGACCGUCAAACUCUUUAAAGGCCAUGAAGGUCCUGUCACAGCCAUGGCUUUGACAAGUCAGCAUUUAUGGACCGGUUCCUGGGACAAGACUGUGAAACAGUGGGACCUUGUUACAGGUGAAUGUUUAGCUACAUUGGAAGGUCACACUGAUUUCAUUAAAUCACUCAUCUUGGUCGGUGAACACAUCUUUACCGGAUCUUCCGAUUGUUUUAUUCGCAAAUGGUCCAUCAAGACCUUGAGUUGUGUUGGAGUUGAAAAGAAACACAAGCGUACGAUCGAAAGUUUAGCUGUCUCACUUGACGGUAAGUAUCUUUUCUCGGGCUCUUCCGACAGCACUGUGAUAAAAUGGGACACCGAGACCAUGAAAGUUUUGCAUACGUUUGAAGGCCAUGAUACGAGUAUUUACUGUGUACGUGUGUGGGAAGACGAUCUCUGGACUGUCUCUGCCGAUAAAACUGCGCGUCGUUGGAACACAAGCACAGGCGUGAUUGAUAUGGUUUUAACACAUCCUGAUCGAGUGAAAUCAUUGGUUUUGGCGGGUCCUUAUGUCGUGACUGGAUCCAGUGAUGAUGAUAUUCGUGUGUGGGAUAUUGGGUCCGGUAAAUUGAUUUGUACUAUUGAAGGCCAUUUUGAUGAAGUAGGUUGUUUAGAGAUUUCAGGAUCUACAUUGUAUAGUGGUUCAUUGGAUUGUUCUGUCAGAAAAUGGUCAUUGACUGCUGCAUCCAUCAAAAUAUACAAUGAGACCAGAGAGGCUAAAUUAAAGAGACUCGAAGAGGAAAAGACGGAGGAGCAAAAGAAGGAUGGUUUAACAGAGGAAGAGGAGAGAGAAUUGGCAGAAUUAAUGUUAUCUGACGAUGAUGAUGAAUAA